AUGAUACACUUGAAUAGGCUUUGUUUUCUGAUAUUACUCAUCCUGAAUUGUGUCGUCGCCGAGUACGCCAGAAUUCGAGUACAUCCAGGUAUGUUGUUUUAGAAAUUUUGAUGAAAACAAUCCCGUCCGGAAUAAGAAUAAAUAAGUUCGAAAAAUGUAUAAAAACAUUCGGAAUGGUUUUUUUUCUAUUGAAAACAAACUCUGGAUGAUAUCAAUUCUUUAAAAAAUUUGAUUUGAAAAAAAAACAAUGUUCUGAACAAGAUAAUUCUUACAGAACUGUAGCCACAUCUUGGAACAAGAUAUCACAUAACUCCCCAACUAAAUUUAAAAGUUCUGCAUUUUCAAAAAAACAUUUUUUAUAUCUAGAAAAACUACUGUGAAUUUUUUGAAAACCCGAAAAUGUCAAAGAAACUACUAGUGAAAAUUUUAUUGUAAAAUAUUUGAUUUCAUUCUUUGAAUUUGGAGGUUGUCAUGAACAAAGUUAUCAUUGUCAGGAAAAUCUUUUAAAAAAAUCUUCAUACACUGUUCUGAUUAAUAUCGAACUCAAUAUUCAGCUCUGAAGUUCUAAAAUUUACAUUGAAUUUGUAUUAAACAUUAAGGAUCAACUAUGUAUCUCAUUGUUUCAGGUUUCACCCAAAUCCACGAUGUCAGUUCCGAAUUUGAAACCAUCAGUUCUUACAAUGUCAAUGAAAAAUAUACUUUCGAAGUGUAUUUGACCGAAACAAUGCAACGCGAUUAUGAAAUUGAGGAAUGCACAAUGAAUGACAAUAUAUUCAUCGGUGCACACGGGUUAGUUAUAUUACUUUUUUAUUGUGGAAAAUUGAAUUUCAAAAAAAAAACAAAAUUAAUAAAAUUCUACAGAUGUGUACAAUGCGGCAAUUGUGUUGAACAAUCGAUUGAAACUGAAGCAUACAAUAAACCUGGUGCUAUCAAAAGAACUCUAGUUCAUUUCAUUGCCAGAUCAUCGGUAAGAAUCGGGAAAGGGGCAGAAAUUCUGGAUAUACCAGCAUUUUCAAAAUGUUCUGAAUUAGCUACUUUGCUUAACGGACCCAAUAUCAAAAUUGAUUUGUCUUAAUUUUUCAAUUCAAGCAAAGUUAUACAAAAUUCAUGACCCAUUUGUCAACCUGUACGGCUUUGGGUUUAUUUUCAGACAAAAAUGUCACUUUUAUGCUGAAAACUCAAGAUUCAAGUUUUCGUAAAUUUUUCGAAGUUUUUUUUUCACAUUCAGAAAAAAUUCUAUGACAAGAAAAAAUUGAAUUGACCCAUCCUUUCCCAAUCACACAAAGCAAACAAAAAUGCAUCAUGGUUUUCCAGCCAAUUAACCAUCAAUCUAUCUAUUUUUAUUAUAUUUUCUUUUUCCAGCAAAUUGUGUUCAAGUGCAAAAUUCGCGAAAUCGACUGUUCGGGGUGUGCCGAGGUACCUAUUGUUAUUAGCAGAGAAAAUAAUGACGUGUCACACAAAAAAUGAGACACACACAUCUUUUCUAUAACUAUAACAUAUAUAUAUGACUAACCACCCGCCUUAUUUUACAGAGGUCUUGCCAACGACAACAUCAAUUUCUCAUCAACCAGUACGUUUCUCACCAAAUCACCAUUAUGCAUCCACCAUAUGCAGCUGCUGGUCAGUUUUGUUUUUUUUAGAAAAUGUUUUUCAAUUUUUCCGCAUCUGCAUGAUCUACUUCUUGAACUAUCUUUCUUCUAAUCAAAAAUUCAGGACAUUUUCCGAUGCCAAUUCCACCACCAUAUCCAACACCAUAUUUUGGUGGUUCGCCACCUUAUCAAAUUCCACCGCCUGCUGCGCCACCAAUGAUGCCACCUGCAGCUGGAGGAGCUGCUCUGGGAGCUGGUGGUAUGAUAAAAUGGGGGAAUGUUUUUCGGGGGUUCUUGAAUGAAUGGGUAUUCUAGACUAGGCAUGUGAAAAAUCGAUAGUUUUCUAUUAUAAAAUAGUUUUGGAAAUUGAAAAGGAAAUUUGUAAGAAUUUUUUAGAGAAAAUAUAGUUUUUUUCAACUUUACUGCAUGAGAAUGGAAUAUGGGGUUUAUACAACAUAAAAAACGUUUCAGAAAUCGGGUUUCAAAAAAUUGGAGAUCACGUUUCAGAAAUCAUAGAUCUUUGAAAUUUGUUGAAUCAUAGCAUGAAAAUGAAGAGACCAAGUUUGGAAUUUGAAUAUUGAGAAUUUCAACAUUAAAAAUAUUCAAAAAGUGCUAAAUCAAAGUUCGCUGAUACACUUUUCACAAAACAAUUUAGGACUUUCAGAGAAUUUCAAAUACGUUUUCAUAAUUUUUUUUUGAAUUAUCUCAAAAUGUUUUUUUUGUUUAUUCAAAGUUAAAAAAAAUGAAUUUUCAAAAAUUCCGGAAAUUCGAACAACAACACAUUUUUUUUCGUAUCUUGAGAAGUACAUAUAUGUAUCUAAUCAGAUCCCCUUUUCCUCUAAAAAAAUCAACUUUUUCCAGCAGCGAGCCGCAGUUUUUGGCCAUGGUGGAUCUGGCUCCUUUUACUUCUUCUUCUCCUUUUGCUCCUCUGUUGCCUAAUGGCGUUAUGUUUCGCAUUGUGGUGGAAAAAACGACAACAAAAGAAGACCACCACAACAACGUAUGUUUGAUUGGACACAAUUUAUAUGGAACAAAAAACUCUGAUUAUUUUCAGGGUUGCUGUGACUGAUUGCGGAAAAGAAUGCGGUGUUGGAACCGAAAAAGUGGCUGUUCACUGUGUUUCAACUGAUACAAAUGAUAUGGUUAAAGUCCAACCCGCGGUAUGUUUUGUCUAUAAUUUCGAAUGAGUAAAAUAAUCUUUCAGAUUGUGGUUGGUGGGCAUAGUGAAGAAAAUCGCUAUCAUUCACAGAAAAAUCAACAGGAAUAUUCUGAUGAAUACGGUGCAAGUGGUGGAUCUUAUUCAAUCAGAGAAGGACGAGUUCAUGAAAAUUACACCAGAACUAUUCCUUAUGAGUUAGUGUUUGAAAUCUAAAUUUUCGGAUGAUAGAACAUAGUAUUUUCAGCAAUCGCCAAUUCAACGAUCGUCAAAGUUACCGAAACUUCGCUUAUGAACGUGAUAUGGGAAGAGUUGAACCAUUAGAUGGAUAUGAUGAGGUUGAGACUAGAGAACGUACUUAUUGCUUGAGUGAUGAUGAGCAGGAAAUUGUUGAGCGUGAUGUGAAGAGAACUCACACGACAAGAUUUGUGCAAGAAACUAGAGAAUUUGAAAACGAGGAGGAAAGUUAUCGUGGAGACGAACAUCAUCAUGCUACAUACACACAUAGUCUCCCAGUUUGA